GGAAGGAACAAGCAGUGGGAAUGUUUCCUGUUUGCCACAGAACAGGUUUGUGCUGGGGCUGAGCAGCUUUAAGCAAAGGUUACGCUUCAACCCACCUGUAGAGAUCCUGCGUUUUCACUUGUUUCAGUGUGAAAAAUAAAAGAACACAUGAAUACUUCUACCGAGAAGAGUUUGCCGUAUUAAAGAGGCCAAAGAGACUUUUACUUGGUUAAAACAUUUUUAAAAAUGGACCCUUUUAAAGGGCCUUGUCCCCAUCAUAGCAUUCCUGUUGAAAUGGGUGAGACUCUGGACUUGGAACGGCUCCCCCCAUGUGAACAGUGUAACGCACGCACAGAGACCAUCAAAAGGCUAGAGGCCCAUGGAUUUGAGCCUCCACAGCGGGCAGCACAACAAGUGGGCUUGAGUAAAUUCCCUGAGAACCAGUAUAAGCACCAGUUUCGCAUUAACUCCCCGGCAGCACCACUCUCAGGACAUGUGAAGGCCCCAUACACGGAAGAUUUUUGGCAUGUUAGCCUAAGACAGAAAGUGCAGUAUAAGGAACACCCCAUAGGCCCUUCAAGCCAGCACUGGAGCCACUCUGUGGACGAUGCAGACUACUUGGAGCCUCCUCAACCGCUCAAAUCGGACUUCAACAGCAUCAACUAUGUUAAAAUGCCAAUUCCACAUAUGCCACGCCCCAUGCCAAUGCAGGGAAGCUGUCUGAAACAGUGCGCGUGCUGCCCUCCAGCGAACCCGCCCGGACGCGAUAAUUAUUGUCAUCAAGACCCGGGUUACUCAGCAGGUCGACACCAGGAGCCUCAACCCCACCAGAAAAUGAAUCUCUCUCAAAAUGGGCACCAACUUAAAGGUGCUCUAAAUGGUCACUGUGGUUCUGCGGCUCCCUAUGCAACGCCUCCUCUAGAUGUGAUGCAUGAGGUCAGCGUGGGUUGCUCCGACCUUGCAGGCGCAGGAUCAGGCACGAAGGAGAUCAGGAGGACCAUCAGUCUUCCCGAGGAGUGCAGAAGAGUUUUUAUCACAUAUUCAGUGGACAUAGCCAAGGAAAUGUUCGUUUUUGUUAAAUUUCUCGUGGACCAAGGCUUCAUACCCUCACUUGACAUGUUUGACAGUUCAAUCCGAAACAUGGGUAUCAACCAAUGGAUGGACCGUUUUCUGAAUGAUAAAUCAGUGCUGAUCAUUGUGGCUAUCAGCCCCAAGUACAAAGCGGAUGUGGAAGGAGAUGGAGUCGAUGAGCAUGGCCUGCACACCAAGUACAUCCACAACCAGAUUCAAAAUGAGUACAUCCAGCAAGGCUGCCUGAACUUCAGACUGGUUCCUGUCAUGUUUCCCAAUGCAGUCAAGACCCAUGUACCCAACUGGCUUCAGAGUACCAGAAUCUACCGUUGGCCCCAGGACACCCAGGAUUUGCUGCUGCGUCUCUUAAGGGAGGAGCGCUACAUCAUCCCACACCGGAGUGCUGACCUCACCCUCACGUUCCGUCCUGUCUGAGAGCAGUAAAAAGAGGACUGGUACAAAAUAUGUGGCAUAGUUAAAAUUGUUUACUUUACCCCAGAUUUACUGAUCUUUUACAGUGUUCAGUUAUAAACAAUCAAUGAAGUGGCACAUUUAACUUUUACAAGUAGAUUAAAUGUACUCAUUUAUUUCCGACAAAUCUGCUUUUACACUGGCCAAUCAGAGCUUUUGCUGCUAGUUUGUGGGUUUCAUUUUGGUUUUUUAUUCUUUCCUUAAUAUACACUUCAAAUGAAUUUAACCAAUAUUUGGCUACAAGAAGGCAGAAAGGCUUUUUUUGGCUUAUUAUAUUACCAUAGUGAAUUUUGGACAAAUUAUUACUGUUAUUACAUUUUACAAAUGCAGAGAAACAUUAGUACAUAUCUGAAGUUGUGAUUUUGUGCAUGUGAAAGAUAUGGCUUAGUCUUCACCAACACUUACAAAUAUCUGGAUAUUCAGCCACAUAAUUAUUUAUCUAAACUAUUUUUUUCCUAGCUAACAGUGUACAGUUAAGUGCUGGGCAGGUACAGUGCUUUAAUAGUAAUCUCAAAACUGAGAAGCAUUAGUAUAUUUUGAGAAGUGUGUUCAUUUUAAAUACCUUUCAGCUCACAAGGCAACACAGGCCACUGUUACUACUAAUGAUAAAAAACAACCAAUUUAUAUUUAUAUAUAUUAUUUUAACAUUACAAAGUGCUUCACAGACAGAAAAUCUACCAAAAAAGGAGGAGAUUGUAAAAAAAAAAAAAAAAAAAAAAAAUCUACAGUAAAUAAGUAUCACUAACAUAUCUGGAGAAAUUUCUGUACAUAAUAGAAAAAGCUCAAAACUGAUAUUGACCGGCUAUGAUUUUCAAGACGUGAUUCAGCAGUAGACUGCAUGGGCUAAGGAUUUGUUCUGAAAGAGUCUGUGGACGUGAUAUCUGACUGCAUUUACAAAUGCAAGUUCAAAAACCACACAAAUGCACACACCACCACUAUGAUCCAGGAGUACUUCUACUCUCUGGAGUAAAGAGGAGAGUGAACAUCCUGCUUUUUAUCAGCAUGCAGUUCAAAUGCCAGCAUGUGUGAUGGUAUGGAGGUCCACAUAGCACCAAUGCCUGAACUGUUGAGCAGUUGAAAUCCUUCAUCAAGCAAAGAUUGUAAAAUAUUUUGCUUUCCCAGCAACAUGUACUCCUGGGUCUUCCCCAGUAAACACAGUGUGUUGUUUUUAGAAAUGUACAGUAAAAAACUUCUGUUUCAAUAUUU